UUUAUAGACGAAGACCGAAACAAAGAAUCAAAUCUUGUCAACCAUUAAAGGGCACUUCUUCCUCGCGCCCUCUCUCUCCCUCUCAAGUCGACCCGGAUACGCAGAAACAUCAUUGCAGAGAAUGAGAAACAGGAGCACUGAGAAAAUCUCCGCCAAAUGGAUUCCCAUUUUCUGCAUCUUUUCGUUCUUUCUUGGCGUUCUCAUCACCGGCAGGACGUGGCUCCCAUCCGAAUCCAACAUUCAGCUCAUGUCUCUCCGUCGACGUGAACAAGAGCUGCAGGUUGUCACCGACGAGUUGACCACUAAAACGAACUCGGCACCGGAUAACGAUUUAAUGGAGAGAACGCACGAAGCACUUCAAUCUCUUGAUAAGCAGAUAUCGGUUCUCAAUAUGGAGUUAUCGGUGACUCGAAGUUCUCGGGAAAUUGGGAUCUCCGACGGCUCUGCCGCCAUCUCUUUGUUGUCCAAUGAGAGGAAGAAAGUGUUCAUGGUUAUUGGAAUCAAUACCGCUUUCAGUAGUAGAAAGCGGCGUGAUUCAGUCAGAGAAACUUGGAUGCCUCAAGGUGAAAAGCUUGUCCAGUUGGAGCGCGAGAAGGGAAUUGUGAUCCGGUUCAUGAUUGGCCACAGUGCAACAUCCAACAGCAUCUUAGAUCGAGCUAUUGACUCAGAAGAUGCUCAGCAUCACGACUUUCUCAGGCUGGAGCACGUUGAAGGGUACCAUGAGUUGUCGGCAAAAACAAAAAUCUUCUUUGCCACUGCUGUUGCAAAAUGGGACGCUAACUUCUAUGUCAAGGUGGAUGAUGAUGUCCAUGUCAAUUUGGGUAUGCUAGCUACAACUCUUGCGCGUCACCGUUCAAAACCCAGAGUCUACAUUGGGUGUAUGAAAUCUGGACCUGUUCUUUCUCGAAGAGAUGUCAAGUAUCACGAACCAGAGUACUGGAAAUUUGGAGAAGAGGGGAAUAAAUACUUCCGACAUGCAACUGGGCAGAUAUAUGCAAUUUCAAAGGAUCUAGCCAUAUACAUUUCCAUCAACCAGCCUAUAUUGCAUAAGUAUGCCAAUGAAGACGUGUCACUUGGUUCAUGGUUUAUUGGUCUUGAAGUUGAGCAAAUUGAUGACCACAGUAUGUGCUGUGGGACACCACCAGAUUGUGAGUGGAAGGCAACUGCAGGUAAUGUUUGUGUUGCUUCAUUUGAUUGGAGCUGUAGUGGGAUCUGCAAGUCAGUGGAGAAGAUCAAGUACGUUCAUUCAAAGUGUGGCGAAGGGGAUGGUGCUGUUUGGAGUGCUUUAUUUUAGAUCAGCUUGGGGGUGAGUGUCGUCCCAAGGCCGACAAGGAUUCUGAGAUUUUUUAAUGACGUCCAGCAACAUUGUUGGCAGCAGUUUAGAGCAUUUUAAAUAGUUAAUAGUGUUCAUAUAUCUACGAUAUACGAGUCCAUGAUUACUUCUCAGCCCCGUAAGGGCUGGUGAAUUUAGUUAUACGGAAGUUGUUCAUUCAAGCUUUUGUCAUCAAAUCUCAAAAUUUACUUUUUUUUUUCCUUAAAGUGUGGGGAUUUGAAGGCGAAGGUAUAAAUUAGUACACAAUUCAAUAUUCUAUUCUUGUUUGUUCUGUUUGGACUUAGGAUUUAAAUGUAACUUCAUGGUUAGGUUUCA